CAUGAAGUCAGUGGCUGUAACUUUCUGUGUCCUCUGCUUUCAGUUUGAAGCCCUGUAUGGAGUUGAUAGCUGCUCGUCAAGACCGUGCAAAAAUAUAGAUCAGCCUCAUGUCUCUGACUCCCAGGUGAUGGUAGAAUUUGAAAAUGGAAACUUCAAGUUCAUAUUCCCGAACCCCAAAAAUGUGAGUGAGUUCAGCAUGACCCUCUUCAAAGGGCAUGAAAAGAAGGAGAUCUGUGCACUCCAUUUGAGCAAGGAGAAAGUUAUCCCCAAGAAUAAUGUCACCUACUGUCAGACAGAGCAUUCAAAUAGCAGCACCACUUUCAUUCUUAAAAAUCUGGAAAGAAAGCACAUUGACAUUUAUACCUACUGCCUGGAGAUGUUCUUACCCCCUCCUUAUAUAGAUUGCCGUCUGAAAGAAACCUAUUUGUACAUCCAAGAUAAGGAAGACUGCAUUUCACUGGGACUCAUGUCAUGGGUAAUUAUUGGCCUGAUCCUGUUUGCCAUGAUUUCCUGUAUCUGCUGUGCUGUAGCCUGUUGCUUAAGGAACAAGAAUCAGCAGUGUGAAUCCAACUCCCAUGAGUACAACAGUGAAUACAUGCCCAUGGCAGCAGUGAAUGCAGCUAAAAAACCAAGAAUCUGAGGUAUAAGUCGCUUGUGGCAUGGAAAUUCUGGCAGCAGUUCAACUACUUGAAC